AUGAGUUACGGGUCGCCUUACGGGACCCCUCUUCGAGGAGGUGAUUAUUACUACGACGUACAGAGUCCCUCACCAACACCUUCUCCACGUCACUACCCAUUUUACCCAGCUCAGACCCCCCAGCGACCGGCUACUCGAGCUCAUGUUCGCAAUGCUAGCACCGGCGUCCCCGACUUCCGACCGUCGACCGCCUUCUCGCCCCGGUACACGAGCACCGGCGAGUAUGCCACCGGCCUAAACCCGAAUGUGAGUUCGCGAAAGCACAGUUUCUCAAUGGGGUCGCAUCACAUGCCUAGGCGCGAGCGUCGGAGCUCCUUCUCAUACAAUCGGGCCUCUCAUGGGGACUCCGACGAGGACGAGUUUUUCGAGAUUGAUGGGGUCAGAUGCGUGUUGAUUGCGGAGUCCAAGAGUCGCAAGCGCAGAGAGUCGUUCUAUGCUGCUCCGGGACAUGGCACUGAUCACUACUACCGUUCGCAGGGCAUGCCGUCGUCGUUCUACGAGAAAGAAAGAGCCGAUUAUCCCCACUUCGAUGAGCCUCCAGCACGCUCCGCUACGAGGGUCGGCAACCACACCCGUCGUCCUUCCGCCACCGCUGUACCUAUCCAGCGCCCCGCUACUACACGUCCUUCUAGUUCCCACAAGAAAAAGGCUGCCGCCUCGGGACAGAAGAAAGCCACCGAGGCAGAUGCCCGGAAGCACCGGAUCCCUCCUGGAUACUCAUUAAAGAACUGGGACCCCGCCGAGGAGCCCAUCAUGUUGCUAGGUAGUGUCUUCGAUUCAAACUCUUUAGGAAAGUGGAUCUAUGAUUGGACUGUCCACCACCACGGAGCCUCCACUCCCAUUGCCGAUGUAGCCGGCGAAUUAUGGGUUCUUCUUAUUCAACUCUCUGGCAAGAUAAAGCGUGCCGAGGAAGUUGUGCCCGAGGUUAGAACCCAAGCAAACAAGGAGAUGAUUGAAGAUUUUAUUGAGUCUGGUGAACGCUUGACGGACAAGCUUCGUAUCUUACUUAAGAAGUGCGAGGCCCCCAUGUUGAGAUCCUCCAAGGCUAAGGAAGCAUCCCACCUUGGACAAAAUGCCGGCGUGGAGUUCGUCAGGACCAUCUUUGGCCGUGAGAGAGAGCUUGAACGCACGGAAGCUUUUAUGCAACAAGUUCGCCUUUGGAACUUGCGGUUCGAUGCAAACUGUGAAGACAUAUUGAAGAGGCCCAAACAAUAG